GUGACAUCUAAGGUUGGAGCCGGAGAGCUAGUCGCAGCCAGAGGAGCCAGACAGUAGUCAGCAGCCCACUGCUUCAGCUUGCAAGAACCCUCCUUUAUUUUCGCAUGACCUCCAGCAGACUUUGACACAAAAAUGUUGCUUUCAUCAUUACGGACAACGAUUUUUUGCGGUUGCAGAAGUGCUGGAAAGGAGUUUCAACGCAGCAGCCAUCGUCGGAGUCCACAGCUGCGACAAUGGCUGGUGAAGAGGAAUCAGAGCACCAUCACAGUGGAGGCGGGAGCCCCCUCCGUCCCGGCGGCCGCCGCCGUGCCCAACGCUGCCACAAAUCGCAUCCUGGGUCGCUGGCUGCUGGGCUGCAGCGGGCUGGUGGUUGGAGCUGUGGUCUUGGGUGGUGUCACAAGGCUCACCGAGUCUGGGCUCUCCAUGGUUGACUGGCAUUUGGUCCGAGAGAUGAAGCCGCCUCAGUCAGAAGCAGAAUGGGAGGCUGAGUUUUCCAAGUACCAGCAGUUUCCGGAGUUCAAAGUACUGAAUCAUGACAUGACUCUUCCAGAGUUUAAGUUUAUCUUCUUCAUGGAAUGGGGUCAUCGUAUGUGGGGCCGACUGGUUGGGUUAGCAUACAUCCUCCCCACCAUUUACUUCUGGAAGAAAGGGUACUUCAAUCGCUCUAUGAAGGGAAAAGUGCUUGGGCUGUGUGGAUUUGUCUUCUUCCAGGGCCUUCUGGGCUGGUAUAUGGUAAAGAGUGGACUGGAGGACAAGCCUGAAUCACAUGAUAUCCCUCGAGUGAGCCAGUAUCGUCUGAGCGCUCACCUUGGCUCUGCCCUGUUGCUGUACACAGCAAGUCUCUGGACUGGGCUUACUCUGCUGCUCCCACCACACAAGAUGGCAGACACCAAAAAUCUCAUGCAGCUCCGGAGGUUUGCUAAGGGUACUGGUGGACUCGUCUUCCUCACUGCUCUGUCAGGUGCUUUUGUUGCUGGUUUGGAUGCUGGGCUGGUGUAUAACUCUUUCCCUAAGAUGGCUGAUAAAUGGAUUCCUGACGAUCUGUUGGCCUUCUCCCCAACCCUAAAGAACUUCUUUGAAAAUCCCACCACUGUACAGUUUGAUCACAGAAUUCUGGCGAUAUCAUCCUUGACAGCGAUUACGGGCCUUUAUUUGUUCUCGAGGAGGGUGAUGUUGCCCAGGAGGGCCAAGAUUGCCAUCAGCCUCCUGGCAGCGAUGGCCUAUACUCAGGUUGCCCUCGGUAUCAGCACCCUGUUGCUCUACGUCCCCACACCGCUGGCAGCAACUCACCAGUCUGGAUCAGUGGCUCUUCUGUCUUUUGCCAUUUGGGUUCUGGCAGAGCUUCGCAAAAUGCCCAAAUAAAUCUUCCUUGAUGGACUAAUAUAAUCCUUUGUAGCCACAUGGCAAACCUGGAAGAGUCAGCAGUGUCACAAAAUAGGGAAUUAAGAGCAAAAAAGGAAAAAUUGGUUGUGUUGCAUUUUAAUCCUCAUUAAGAAAUACAUCCAUGACACCAUUGUCAGGAGUAUGUCCAGCUUUAUGCCUUAGUAGAUUUGCUCCUUGUUGGAUUUCUCUGAGAGUGUCUUGCUUUUACACAUUUAUCAAAAAAACCUCUUGCCUUGUAGGUGGACACGCUGGCUCUUUGUCAAUGGAUCUGGCUCCUGGGAUUACAUAUAAAUAUGUAUAUUCUCUAAAAACGCUCUAUGUCUUGUUGAUAUUGUGAUGCUAAAUUAUGUUGUAAAAUAGUAAUAUGCAGAGCAUUUGGGUAGCUUUCACACAGACAUUCACGAAAAAAAUCUGAACACAUCUUGAUUUCAAGCCAGUCUUGUUUUUCUCAUUAAGUUACAACUGUUGAAAAACAGUUUGGGUUGUUCUUUUUUUUUUAAAGAUUAUUUAUUUAAAAAUAAAGCACUAAACUUUCAUGGAAUCCAAAUGUAGAUCGGUUUCUAUCUUUUCUGUAUAGAUGUGGUUUAUCCAGUAGUUGUCCUUUGGAUGGAAUACAUGUUUUAUAACGUUUCUUUGAGAACAAUUUAGAAAGCCGUGAUGUCCCUUUGGUUUUCCAUGAGUACGGUAGGUGUGUGCAAACUGUACAGGGGUACUCUGUUAGUGUGAGAACUGCAUAUAGACCUCAUUGUGUUACAGGUACAGAUCUGAGGAAGGAUUUUUUUUAAGUGCUCUUAAACAGGCUCGGUCAUUUAAAAAAAAUUACCUGAUAAGACGUUUGAAAGAGAGUAUUGAUGAAGAAAGUUAGUGAAUGAAG